AUUGUAUAUGAUUUCCGCAAGUGGGUGUUGUGAAUUUUUAAACAAUUAAAAAUUGUGAAUUUUUUACUAAUGGGUUGAAGAUUGUGAUUUUUUUACGUAUUGUUUGUGAUUUUUUUUCUUCUUUUAAGUCAAUACCUUUUUAGCCAUUCCCAAAUCCUUGCCAUUUUGCGUAUUGUUUGGCUAAAUUGUGGGAUUUUAUUAUAACAAAUUUGGCGAAGAUUGUUUGCGCAUAAAUGUUAAAUAAUUGAUUUGUUUUUAAUUUUACCGCAUAGUUUGAUUUGUUUUGAAGAUUGCGCAUAGUUAAUAAUUGAUUUGUUUUGAAGAUUUGUUUUGAAUUUUUCCGCAUUGAUUGUAUGCGCAUAAUUCGCAUAGUUAAUUAUUUUUCCGCAUUGAUUGUAUGCGCAUAACCCUGUAAUAAUUUUUGCGAAUUUUUCCGCAUAGUUAAUAAUUUUUCCGCAUAGUUAAUAAUUUAUGCGCAUUGUUUGUUUCCGCAGAAUAGUAUUGUCUGCCCAUUAUUUUGAAUUCUGUUUUGGAAAUGUUUUCGAAGUUAUUUUUGUUAUUGAAAUAUGUUUUUGCUUGUAACAGGGGGCUCUAUUGAGACCAAGCACUAUUAAUGUAACUUCGGACGUUGGCACUUAUUAUAAAAUCAAGUAUUUAGACAAAGUGAAGAUAAAUUUAAAGGAUAAAGGUGGUGAACAAUUGUUAAAUAGAUUUUUACGGGGUUGUUUUGGACAUUUAUUGGAUUGGAAUCCUGGUCCGAAAUGUGCAAUGGUCGUUCAUCAAGUAGUCUCUCGCCAAAUAAAGUCAAGCCGUGAUGGUCUUUUCUUUUUAUUGAAUAAUACGAGAGUUCAUUUUUCGAAGAGGGAUUAUGCUUUAGUGACUGGUCUUAAUUUUGGUGAUUUUAAUGUAGAUAUGUCGCGUAAUCAUGAUUUGAGUGGAGUGGAAGUGUUUAAUAAAUUUAAUUGUGAUGAGUCUCAUGUGAAACUAUCAACCCUCAUUGAUCUUUUUGAGAAUUUUGAAAUUGAUGAUGAGGAUGGUAGUUUAUACUUGAGGAUUGCCUACAUUAUAGUCCUAUAUGGCAUGCUUGUAGGUUAUGAGACUGAUAAAACAAUUGAGCAUUGGGUUUGGGCAUUGGUAGAUGAUCUUGAUGCAUUUAACCAAUUUCCGUGGGGGGCGUAUACGUAUAAUUUGUUGUGUUACUAUACGACAAAUUGCAAGUCUAAAAAACAGUAUAAAUUGUAUGGACCUGUUUGGGCGUUGCAUGUGUGGUCGCUUGAGAUUGUGCCCGAUUUAGGUAAUGUGGUCGGUAAUUGUGUUGCUGAGUUUGCGCACCCUAGAUGUUUGAAGUGGAUGUUUCGUAGUAGACCGGCUACGAAGGAUUUACGGCCCUUCUUCGAGAAAGAGGAGCAAGAGAUAUUGGAGUUGGUCGCAGACGAAUUUGAAGUCAGCACUAUGUACUACUUAUCUACCAUUGGUGUGUAUAUGGGGGCACAGCAUGAUGAAGCUCGUGUGUAUAUGGGGGCACAACAUGAUGAAGCUCCUAAUCAGGAUUUCCCAUAUGGGCCUUCACACGACAUUCAUGUUGAAGAGCAAGAACAAGAGGAAGGAGGAGCUCUGCAUGAUAUACCUAUUUCUGCGCAUGAUUUGGCUGCGACAGUGAUGGACACACGGGCACGGAGUUCAUCUUCCCAUGAAGAGGGUCGUCGUAGACGAGCUAGGGAAAAGCGUGUUCGGCCACCUACUACAUCUUCACAUCUAGUAGCGGCGAUCAUGCUAACCGGCGUGUAG